CCCCAGCCCAAAAGCAUGCGCCCCGGCCGCGAUGGUCUGUGGCAGUGGGGCAGCGUGUCAGGCCUAUUUAUAGCCUUCGAGACAGAGAGCAGCCACCGGUAUCGCGCGCGGUGGGCCUGCCAAGUCGGGCCGUCAACUGGAUGGCGGCCGGCGCCCUCCGGAGUAGCCGUUCCAGGAAGGGGGGCGCGGCCGCGGCACUAGCACGUCCGUCCGCCGCUGAACCAUAGUAGUAAGCGGCCCCCGUUUAUUUCCCGUCUUUUUCUGGUGCAGUUAGGUCGUAUACGUCGUACGGUAU